GAACCUCGACAUCUCUCCUUUGCUAUAAAGUCCUAGACCAUCCGCUAUAAAACCCACACAUCCGCCCCCUUCAUCUUCACUAUUUCCCAACCCCCAAAAGAAAACGAAAAGAAGGAAGCAAAGCCAUGGAAGAGAAAGGAUGCAGCUCUGAAGGCCCAGAGGUAAGAAAAGGGCCAUGGACUAUGGAAGAAGACUCGAUCCUCGUGAACUACAUAGCCAAUCACAGCGAAGGCGCCUGGAACUCCCUCGCGAAAUCCGCCGGCUUGAAGCGGACUGGAAAGAGCUGCCGGCUCCGGUGGCUGAACUAUCUUCGGCCUGAUGUUCGACGGGGCAACAUCACUCCCGAGGAACAGCUCCUCAUCAUAGAAUUGCACUCUAAGUUGGGAAACAGGUGGUCGAAAAUUGCUAAGCAUCUGCCUGGAAGGACUGACAACGAGAUAAAGAAUUACUGGAGGACCAAAAUUCAUAAGCAUAUCAAUAAGCACAGAGACACUUCUGUUCUAUACAACUGUGAUGUAAGCAAACAAUAUAAGCACCAAGGGGACACCGGUUGGAUGGAUAUCGGGACGACUACGGGGUACCCUACAGGAACAUGCUUCUCUCAACCAUCGCAUAAGUUAAUUCAUGCGUCGAUUUGUAGGUGGUCGAAAAUUGCGAAGUAUCUGCCCGGAAGGACUGACAACGAGAUAAAGAAUCACUGGAGGACCAAAAUCUAUAAGCAUAUCAAUAAGCACGGAGACAGUUCUGUUCUGUACAACCGUGAUACGAGCGAACAAUAUGAGCACCAAGGGGACACCGGUUGGGUGGUAAUCGAGACGACUACGGGGUACCCUACAGGAACAUGCUUCUCUCAACCAUCGACAUGUCAAGGGAACACAGAGGUCUCUGGUGCCUCAUCACUAGCCGAGCCGGGCACCAGUCUCGUCGGUUGGAGCCUGGAGGAUCUCUUGUCAAUAUAGUUGCUGAAUAUAGUAAUUGAAGAUAUUGAUGUAACUAUAUGAAUAAAUGCAUUUAGCUCCCUAUAUUAGUAUAUUUGUAGUAAUAAAGCUGUCCGACCUACGUCUAAGAUUUCGGAUAUGAAACCGUGUAGUGUAUAUAUAUAUAUAUAUAUAUGAUUGAUAACUCUUGUACUUUUAUA